CCUACUGUCCUUAUUCUCUCGGAAGGAUCCACAAGCGGGGCUGAAAAAAUGUCAUGUCCCAAUAGUAACUUCCUGAUGGAUUCCUUGAUGGGCGGAUCGUCAUCGUACCGGAGUGACGCGUACUCCGCAGGGCCCGGGAUGUUCAUCCACGCCGCCCAGGACUACGGCUACUCCGGUGCGGGGAAAAGCACACUGCACGCCAAGACGGCCCCGUCCAAAGCGGCGGAAGAACUCCCCGCCGGUGAUCUCCCGCUCGGCAGUUUCCACGACGGCCCCUACCUGCCUUCCCAGCUGGCCGCAUGGAGCCCUCAUGGCUCCAAGUCCGGGGGGGAUUCGCAACCUGUUGCCCCGUGUUUACAAGCAUGCGACGUCAAAGAGGAGGCGUUUUGUGGCCGCUAUCCGGAUGACAACAAUCAGUGCAAGGACACAACAGAGCCGGCCGUCUACAUCCGGCUGGGGGACAAUAGCGGCCCCCAGGCGAGCGGUUCCUUCCAGGUGUACGAAGCCGAGAAGCGGCUUCACCCGCCCUCCGGCUUCUCGCUCGCCCGCUUGGCCGCGGCCGAACAGAGCUCGGGCAGCCAAGCGAGCCAGGUGGAUGACGAGGGUCCGAACAGGAAACAGAAGGCCAAGAGUGACAGCUGCUCGGAUGACUCGGAUGGCGAAAUCAAAGAUUCCACCGAAAAGACAACCGGAAACUGGCUGAAGGCCAAAAGCGGCCGGAAGAAGCGCUGCCCUUACACCAAGCACCAGACGCUGGAGCUGGAGAAAGAGUUCUUGUUCAACAUGUAUCUGUCUCGCGAGCGCCGCCUGGAGAUCAGCCGGAGUAUCAACCUGACCGACAGACAGGUCAAGAUCUGGUUCCAGAACAGACGCAUGAAGCUCAAGAAGCUCAGCAGGGAGAACCGCCAUAGGGAGAAUGGCGCCGUAUAUCACUACGUCUAACACACAAGCACAUGUGCACGCACGCACACACCCACACACACACACACAGACACAAACAUACACACACAUGCACUCAGAUGAACGCACAUAAUUCAAUUGAUCAAAAAUCUGGACACACUUACACACAAGAGGCGUGCCUUAGGACAAAUUCUUCAAAGCACUCAAUGACUCACGAUUUACGGAAAACAAAGAAGGAAAAUUAUUUUGGUUGAAAGAGACUCCGACGUAGCUUCGUGACGUCACGGCACAAAGCACGUCGAACCAACAUGCAAAGGAGCAACGGGAGACAACUUGUUCCUGAAAAAAGAGUGCGAGAGGGAGGGAGAGAGAGAGAGAGGGAGAAAAUAGAGGGUGAAAGAGAAAGAGAGAGCAUCAGGCCACUUUUAAUAGAAGCGAGAGACCAUAACCUUGAUUUAAAUAUUAUCCAGGUGACCACAAUAAGUCAAGGUCAUAAAAAUCUAAUGUCAGCUUCGCCCCGGAAAGCGUUGGGGGUGGAUUUUAUGAUGUGCAAAUAUAAUGUGCCGCAGCAGUAAAGAUGCGCUUAAAAAGGUGCGCGGAGGAGGGCGAAGCCGCACGAGGCUCACUCCAUGCUGGCUGCAAAGUGCAAGAGACACACUUGGAGGAUGCAGCCCUGCACUCAAAAGAAAGAUGGAGGCGAAAGAUAGAGGAUGGAUGGAUGGAUGAACGGAUGGGGGGCGGGGGCCACGUCUGCACGUCAAGAAGCGCACGUGGAAUGGAGCAAGCCAAGAAGCCGCAGAAUCUGAACAUGUGCCGCCCUUUGGACGCUCCUUCCCGUUCGCUUCGCCCCGCGCUUCCAGGCGUGGGGCGGGGGUCGGCGUGCGCGGGGACAGCCCCCGCGUCUUGCGGCCAGCCCGCGGCGGUUCUCUUCCUCCGGAAGAGGCGAGCAAAAGAAGCUGCAAAAUGGACUUAGUCACGCCGCAUCCUCGGUGGCUGUGCGUAUACGUGAAAGAGAGAGUGCAAGGCAGCCAAACAUGGAGCACCGGAGGAAACCACGCGGAGGUUCAGGUCAUGCCGUGCACGUGUGUGUGCAUGUGCAUGCGUUUGAGAGGGGCCGUGGACGUGUCGCCUGUCCACCUAUCCGCUGGUGGAGAUCUGACACUUCUCUCAGCUUGUGCUUGAAGGCCAGCAGCUGCCCCCCACCCCCUCGCCGUUGCCUUCAGCGCUGUUGAACAAGAUGAACAAAGACUGUUGCUGCCGCCGCUGCUGCUGCUGCUACUGUUCUUAUGGUGACCACGUUGUCCGGAAAAAAGAAGCACAUGAGUCAAGUCGGCAGAAGAUGAGUUUGGUCCUCCACCGCUCAGCCAUUGGACGGCUGACAACCACGUGACCCGGGCUACCUCCUGAAUCUUUUGUUGGAUGGUUUCCGGAUUUGGAGCUCAAGAUUGAGAAGUUCAUUUUGCUGCCUUCUAGCCAAUCACGAGCGACAUUCGCCUGCAUGAACCCACAGACCAGCGUGUUGACGCAAUUUGGAAGAGGAGAGUGACCUUUGCAAGCGGCCUGCUGCCAGAGCUGAAAGAGGAAGUCCCUAACAGCGACAGGCUUGAAGCUCGGAAACUGCCACUUUAAGAUGUGAUUCUACAACUGCACGAUGGAGAAACAAGAGGGCGAAACAAAAUGAGUGGGAGGCGGCCCAGUCAUCUUUGCGCAUUUACUCGACGUAUCUGACUGUUCCAAUUCAUGGAUUAUUUAUUUGGUUCUCAUUGAGUCGUGUAGCAACUAAACUUUACGGUAUUUUUCGGACUAUAAGUUGCACCCUGACUAUAAAACACAUUAGUCAAAAUUAUAUUAUUAUAUUGAAGAGGAAAAAACAUAUACUGUAAAUUGCACUGGAGUAUUAAGUCACACUUUUGGGUAGAAUUUUAUUUCAUCAGAGAUGUCAAAUAUCAUACAGAAUAGUACAUAGAGUACAGUAAUAAUAAAAUGGGGAGCAACAGGCAAAAUAGGCAUCCAUUAACAAAACAUAUUAAGUUACUCAGAUAUUGAGAUGUCUAAACAACACAAUACCACUUUUUUAUCUUUUUAUCACACCUAGAGCACCUUUCUCGCGGUUGUUAGUGUAAGAAUAAAAACAUUAAUUGCAGGCCCACCAAUGCUGUGAAAUAAAGUGUGACUUAGAAUCCAGAAAAUAUGGUAUAGUAUAUAGUGGUGUCUUGACAUAAGAGUGGAAUUUGCCCCGUGAGUAAAGCGCUCAUUUUUACAGAUAUAUUCUAUACUCUAAAUCCAUUAUAACAAAAAGCAAGUUUCUGUAAUGUUCUUUAUAAAACAGUAAUAACGUUAUUAAAGACAAUGUAAUCAAUUGAAUUGCAUUUGUGCAUCAUGAUAUCACGCUGCACUAGUAUCUCCAGUUUGUUCUUGUCAAAGCAAAAAAAAAAAAAAAAAAAAAAAAAAAAAAGAAAUCCAAGUGUUGUCUUGCAUCACAAAAAAUUAAAAUUAUAAACUGAGUUGCCCUUAUUUCAAGGCACCAUUGUAAUCCCCUAAAUAUAAUGCUUGUAUCUGUUACCAUGGCCCUCUUGUACAAGCCCACAUCAUCAUCAUCAUCAUCACAGUCAUCAUCACAUUCCAAAGUGGCCUUGGGGCCCAUUAGCGGCCAUCUUCAUUUCAAUGAUUCAUUUACUUGCACUCAUUAGCAUCCGUCAUCUUAAAUCCCAAAGCACACCACAGUGACACAUUUGAAUUUAACUACCGUACAUGAACCCAUCACGUUUAAAGCUGAAUUACUACAAAUCCGACUUCCCUGAAUACAGCAUGCAAAACAAAAACGUAGUUUUUUCUGUUUCUGUGGAUGUUACGAUAUUGUUGCAUGUUUUAGGCCUCUUUCUCUUAGUGUAUGAUGUAAAUAGAAAUAUGUCUGAAUGUGGAGUGGGCAGGACUGCGCCUGUGUGAAUUACGUAAAUUAUUUUUUCAAGUGAAACAAGUUUGAUACAACUCUCCACUGAUUCUCUCAUACCGUCCAUGCUUAAUAAAUGCAAUCCCUGCUUUGAAUGACUUGUGCAUCAAUUGUAAUUUUUACAUUGAACGCUUCUUCAGCUGCCUUCUGAAAGAUAACCGCACUCCCACUCAAGCAUGCUUUGACCAACUCCUCACCAUUGUGCAUUCAAGUUGCACAUUCUCUGGGUUGAAAGUGUCUCCCUGGCUCCCCCCUCUGAGUUCCCCGCCAUUAAUCACGGAGCCUUUGGAACACUCCGAG